UCCGCUUGCGGGGCACCUGCGUCAGGCGCCCGGCACGCAGUGACGGGAGUUGUGGUCAUCCCCACUUUGCAGACGGGAAACUGAGGCCGGAAGCCCCGCAGCUGGGGAGUGGACGGGCCUUUCCCGCCGGGCGCCAGCCUGGGGAGGACGCGGAGGAGUGUUGGCUCCGGAGCCGGUGGCGCGUGUCCCCUCCCGGUUGCGGCAGCGCGGGGCGGAACGCAGCGUGCUCGCCUCCCGUGCCGAAGGCCACCUCUGUCCGACGGCGGGGCAGGGUGAGGGGCAGGCCCUUUGUCCAGGUCCCAGGUGUGCACACCUUCAGCAGGUCUUGGGGAAGAUGGCGGCCCUAGGGGACGUUCAGGAGUGCCCACCUGUCCCAUCCCCUGUCAAUCUCUCAUCACCGGGGACACCUGGAGCCCAGCACCACGAGGCACAGCUUCACCUCCAUGGGCACCAAUACGGCUCCUCCCGCUCCAGUCCUGAGGUGCUGUCCCAGCCGUCGGACCUGGAUCUCCAGGAUGUGGAGGAAGUCGAGAUCGGCAGAGACACCUUCUGGCCCGACUCCGAGUCGGAGAAGGAGCGGGCUCCAUCUUCUCCCCACCCACAGGCUCCUGAACACGGGGUGGACCAGGAUGCGGGGGCACUGAGCAGCCUGCUGAGGACCAUCCCCCGCAGACCCCGGCGUGCAGGCAGCUUGGGGCAGGAGUCCGGCGAGGGCCAGCCUCCGGGCGCCGUGUCCUGCACCCAGAAGAGGGGCACCGAGCUGGGGGCCAGCACGCUGGGGGCCAAGCCGCACCGCUGCGAGGCAUGCGGCAAGAGCUUCAGAUACAACUCUCUGCUGCUGAAGCACCAGCGCAUCCACACCGGCGAGAAGCCGUACGCGUGCCACGAGUGCGGCAAGCGCUUCCGCGGCUGGUCGGGCUUCAUCCAGCACCGGCGCGUGCACACGGGCGAGCGGCCCUACGCGUGCAGCGAGUGUGGCCGCGCCUUCAGCCACAGCUCGCAUUUCACGCAGCACCUGCGCGUGCACAACGGCGAGAAGCCCUACGCGUGCGGCGAGUGUGGCCAGGCCUUCAGCCAGAGCUCCAACCUGGCGCGCCACCAGCGGCUGCACACGGGCGAGCGGCCCUACGCCUGCGGCCAGUGCGGUAAGGCCUUCAUCUGGAGCUCCGUGCUCAUCGAGCACCAGCGCAUCCACACCGGCGAGAAGCCCUACGAGUGCGCGCACUGCGGCAAGGCCUUCCGCGGCCGCUCGCACUUUUUCCGCCACCUGCGGACGCACACGGGCGAGAAGCCCUUCACCUGCGGCGCCUGCGGCAAGGCCUUCGGCCAGAGCUCGCAGCUCAUCCAGCACCAGCGAGUGCACUACCGCGAGUAGCCCCCAGCGCCGCCACCCGCGUGCCCGACACCUUCUCGCUGCUGGAUGGAGACAGGGGCUGGAGGUGUCACGACUCGCCCAGAGCCACAGCCAGGGGUGUCAGGCCUGCCUGCGCUGAGAUGGCCGUAGCAGGGGAUGAGGCCGGGCGGCUGGCCUGCAGGCGACUGCACGCUCCUCUGGGCUCCGUGGGUUUGGCCAGGCUGCCUGUCCUCCAUCCCAGGCCUGGGGUCUUUGGCAGUUCGGUUUCCUCACUUAUUUGGGAGGCUCCUGCUUUUAGUCUGAUCUAAAUGCAGCACGUCCUUCCCCAGCACGGUUCUCGAAUCUGUUUGCUGUCUCACCCCUUGCCUCUGCCUAGUGUGGCUGCCCGAGGCCAGCGGGCUGGGUGGAAAGUGCCUCCUGUGCGCUGUUCCUGCCUAGCCGUCAAAGCUACCACCUGCUCUGGGAAGGUGGGAACUUAGGGUUGUUCAGAUCUUGGCAGGUGUAGGCUGCUGCAUGAUCAUCGCUUUGCCUUCAGAUCUGGGGAGUCUGGUGCACCUGGCUCUGGACUUCCCAUCUCUAUGGUCAGCGCAAAGCUCAGGGGAGGGCCCCUGCCCCACCUGUUCCCCUCAGGACAGUUGGAGGACCCCACGCCACACUAAUGAGGUGCUCAGCCCUUCCUGAGGCUGCACCUCAAGUCUCACCUCCUUGGUCCCUCCUUUCCUGUGGUGACUUGAAUGGAGCCCAGGGCCUGACCUCCAGAGGUCCCUGUGGUGGGCCAUCAAGGUCACUAAUUACAUUGGGACAAGACGAGUUGCCAUGCAGUGUACAUCUGAUGUCAGCUCCCAGAUAGGCCUGUUUUCCAGAGGAGGACAUGGAGGCUCUGAGGUGCCCCACGCUUGCUCCAGGUCAUACGGGCAGUGACGGCAGACAGAUGAACUCUGGGCUCCCUGACCAGCCAUCCAUUGUGGGUCCUCAAUUCCUCCUCAGGAGCUCCAGGGACACGGGUCACUGCCUGUCCUCCCCAUGAAUCCUGCAGCACAGGCUCCUUUGCAGCCCUUUGAGGAAGGUGUCCCAAGGCUCUCCAGGCCACACUCUCGGAGUCCAUGGCCACCAAGCAUUUCAACCCCCCACCGUGUGUCCCAGCAGAACCCAGAUGUGGACUUUUCAGGGCAUCGUGUCUACCUUGUGCCCUCCUGGCUUAUCAGCAUCUAGUUGAACAGGACACUUGUGACCGUCCCUUUCAGGUCCUCCUCGCCCUCCCUUGACUGGCAAUAUUUAAGGCCUUGCCUGUGCUCCUGCCGUCUUUGUAUCCUCCGAGACGAACUUGGAUGCAGCACCACCUGGAGCGUCUCUAGCUCACUGGCCACUCUCUGACCCCACAUUGUUACCAACCCCUCCCACCCAGGCCCCAGAUUUCGGCCUUCGACCUCUCCCUCUUCCCCCCAGUGACCAGGAAUCUUCCUAAGGAUGCAGUGGUCUUCGGGAGCCCAGGUUUGUGGUCUAGCAGUCCUGAUUCCACCCUUUGCAUGCUCCCUUGAGGAGCCUCCUUCCGCCUCUGCAAAUGGGGACAGCACAGGCCUGUUGGCAGCUGGGAGGGUGGUGUGUGUCGAGGUUCUUGCAUGCUGCAGGCACACAGCAAACCUCGUGCAAAGGGCUCCCGGAGUGGCUCUCACAACCCAGGGACAGUGUAAAUGGGCGGUCUCAGCACAGGGCCCCCUGAGGCCCAGGCCUGGCCACAGCAAGCAUGAGGGAGCAUUAGGCUGGCAGGGGGCCAAGGAAAGGAGGGCAAGCACGAGUAUCCCAGCCGGGAAGUGACCGUGUCCAGCGUAGUAUCUGCUUUUAGCCCUGGAAGGAAGUAUGGGGCGCUGAGCCCUGAAGACCCCGCGCUGAUGUGGGUCUUCUGAGGCAGCUUCUAGAAGCCUCAGACCAGGGAAGGAGGGCCGAGAGCCAGCCGGGCCGUCGGGCAGGCUGCACAAGCCUGGGGUAGCGACCAAAGGACCGAAAUGAGCUUAAGUCUGGGGACGCAGAGCUUUUAUUUUUACAUGAACAUGUGUAGUGUGGGGUGAUGGUUAAGGAAAUCGACUUUGGAAUAUAAAGACUAACUCUCUAAAGUG